AUGCUUCGUCAAUUCAUCCGUCCUGCUGCCACCGCCAACCGAGCGGUUAUGACCCGUUCCUUCUCCGUCGCUGUCCCCCGUAUGGGUGAGGGCGACACCGGCGCUCCUCGUCCCGCUGGUGGUGCUUCUUCUGGUGACGCCUUCACCCGUCGUGAGGCCGCUCAGGAGAGUCUGUACAUCCGUGAGAAGGAAUUGGAGAAGCUUGCUGCCCUCAAGAAGAAGAUUGCUGAGCAGCGCAAGCACCUCGAUGAGCUCGAGGGCCAUAUUGACGGCCUGACCCGCCAAUAG